AUGAGAGACACCCCGUUAUCCGAAAACAUCUUCAGCAUGGAGCAGGAGGCAGACAUGGGGCAUUCUUCCGAAAGCGACCUCGCGCCGAACCUCGAGCGUCGAUGUGUGAGACACCCAAUACAACCAGUCGGCUCUCGCACUUCUCUCGACGACCUCCAUGUCGGAGCCGGAUCAUACUGCGCAAUGUACGAAAUUGCUUAUACGCCAGACCACAAAGACUAUCGGGUUCCGGACGGGCACUUCGGGGACUUCAAGGACGUUGACCUCGACUGGCUCGAAGCUCUGGUUAGCAAGCGACUUGGGACGCGGCGUUUUCAGUACCGCAUGACUGGCUACGCAUGGGUUCCUCGUAAGUGCACGGAGGCUUGCGAGUUCCGCAUGAUGCCACCUCCUUCGCUCGUAGAGGAGACCUCCAGCAUGGCAGUAUCGCCACGUUCCACCCGGCCCAACACGCCGUACUCGAUGAUUGUCGGAAUGGGCAGUAGGUCCCCCUCACCACUCACCAUCAUCCGCAACCCGACGUCGCCUUUCUUCUCGGAACUCUUCGCCUUUAUGAAUGGCGGCAUAGCCAAUGGGUCUCAUCAGCCGCCGCUUGGGUCGACAUCGCCAGUCGAGUACCCGCAAGUGCAUGAGUUGGAUGAUGAUGACGAAGACGGCGAAGAACCGGGCCAGGGAGAUGAUGUGGUGCCGGAACAUGAAGGGUCCAUCUUCCCGACAACUUGA